AUGGCUCUUACGCUAUGGAUGGACUUUGGACCGGGGCUGAGUGAAGAAGAUUUUGACUGGAAAUAUCGUGGUCUGUGGGGAACGCCGCCUCUACCAGAGCACAUGUCAGUGGACGCCCGUCGGCGGUUUGAGGAGGAUUCUAUUCAGGCUAGGGCUCCAAAUGCUGUGUCAGUGGGAGAGAGGUAUUGGAGGAAUGUUGCUUGGAUCAGAGGGAAGAGAUAUCAAGAAUUGAUGACUGACAAGGGUGAUGGAAUCUACGUGUUGCACGAAGAACCCGGAGAGCCCAAAGCGAAGGCACGUUCUUCUCGCUGUAUUAUUAUGUGA